AUAAUCUGUUGGCUCAGAUCUGCUGCUGCCACACCCUGUGCUUCUCAGGGUCCCUGGGUACAGUUGCAGUUAGCAUGUGCCUUGCCUCUAACCUAAAUGACCCUGGAAAGUGGCUGCUACAGAAGACAGACGUUACUGAAUGCAAAGUGGAUUUUAUUCCCUGCUCUUUGGGGUGAAGCUGGCUCAGGGAUUCUUAGUGGCAGGGGGAGGGGCUGGCGGGCCUGGACUGCAGUUGGACUUAGCAGCCAGGGGUUUUCUGGUUUUCAUUAAAAUUCUCUGGCUGUCUUUCGGGAUUGCUCCAUUGGAUAUGACUAUGCACUGGAGCCGGUCGCUGCAGUUCUUUCAGCUACACACGCCCAUCGAAUCAUAGUGGCCCUGAGGACGAGAGAAAAUUGAAGCUGUGUAAAUGAGUAUGGAAGAUUAUGAUUUCCUGUUCAAAAUUGUUUUAAUUGGCAACGCAGGUGUGGGGAAGACGUGCCUAGUCCGACGAUUCACUCAGGGUCUUUUCCCCCCAGGUCAAGGAGCCACAAUUGGAGUUGAUUUUAUGAUUAAGACAGUGGAGAUUAAUGGUGAAAAAGUAAAGCUACAGAUUUGGGAUACAGCAGGUCAAGAGAGAUUUCGGUCCAUUACCCAGAGUUAUUACCGAAGCGCCAAUGCCUUGAUCCUCACCUAUGACAUUACCUGUGAGGAAUCCUUCCGUUGCCUUCCUGAGUGGCUGCGGGAGAUAGAACAAUAUGCCAGCAACAAGGUCAUCACUGUGUUAGUGGGCAACAAGAUCGAUCUGGCUGAAAGGAGAGAGGUCUCCCAGCAGAGAGCUGAGGAAUUCUCAGAAGCUCAGGACAUGUAUUAUCUGGAGACCUCUGCCAAGGAAUCUGAUAAUGUGGAGAAACUCUUCCUUGACUUAGCAUGCCGACUCAUCAGUGAAGCCAGACAGAACACACUUGUGAACAAUGUGUCCUCACCCUUACCUGGAGAAGGGAAAAGCAUCAGCUAUUUGACUUGUUGUAAUUUCAACUAAAAGCUGAGGCAAGGAAAAGCAAAAGGAAUCAGCAGCUGUCCUGAUGGGCCACAAGUUGCUGGGGAGAUCUGGCGAUGACUGUGGCUCCCGCUCUCGGACCUUCUGACUCCUGUGGGCUCCUGAGCUUACAAAGCAUGGCAGGCCAAGGGCCUCGUCCACAGGCCAGCAUUAGCAGAAUAUAUAAUGGUUUCAUCCUUUUGCAGUCUGGAGUUGGAGCAAGGAGAAAAUUGCACUAGGCACUCCAUGAUCUGCAGAGCAUGUUGCUUUUGUUUCUUUAAAAAGCAAGUAAAAGUGCAUUCCUGAACACAGUCCAGGGGGGAAUGUACCAUAGGGACCCCUCCUGCACGUCUGUGGGUGCAUGUGGGGGCUAUUCUGUAGGGCUUCAGUGGUCAUCUUCCAGGGCCCUGGUUUUCUUGUCUACCAGAUAAACGAAAACUGGGAAGGCCAAGUACUCUCUGUGGUGCGUACUGAUAAUCCCACGGAGAUUUUGAAAAGUGUUGUUUCUCUUGUCCACAGGCACUUUCAAGAACUUUGGGAUGUAAAAAUGAAAUGAAACCUUUACCCAUGACCAACAGUAAUAACAAUCAUUGUUUUAAUAAUAUAUAGAAGCUCCAUGACUCCUUUUGGUGCUAAUGAUUCCACUGUUUCACAGACCAAAUGUUUUAGUACAUUGAUGUCCUUAAAUGUAUUACAUAGAAAUAAAAAAAAAAAAAAAUAGGGGGGAAGUCCAUGAAUCAGCACUCUUCUCAAAGUCUCAUUACCACCUUUUCUAGGGUGGAUUUGUUGGACAAGAGAAUACUUUUCCUUUCAUGUUCCCCUCUAAUUCUCUACUAUUUUUUUCUAUUCUCUCAUUUUUCUUGCCCUUUAAGUAAAUGAAAAAGUUUGAAAAAUGAAAAAAAAAAA